CAUCAAAAUUGUAUUUUCAUUUCGUGUUGAAAACACCUUUGUAAAAUUUUAUUUAUAAGAAAUAAGAAAGAAACUUUCUUUCUUUUUAUUCAUUUGAAGAUUAAGAACAACAGAUCAAAACUAAAAUGAGUAAAUCAGCCCUAGCAAGUUUGACCGCUCAAUAUACAGAUUCAGAAAAUGAGGACGACAAUCAAGAUGAUGGAAGCUCUGAUUCUCAAAAUUCAAACUCAUCGCAAGUUCAAAUUCCUCCUCCAAAACAACCAACUCCAGUUCCAACACCCGAAAAACCCAAACGCCCUAACAAAGCACUCCGCUUGGUCAGCUAUCAAGACGACACAAUAGUCUCCGACGAUGAAGAGACCGAGAGUGAAGAUGACUCCGAAGUCGCAAUCGUCGAAAGUAAGAAAGAAGAAAAGAAACCCGCUCCUGUGAGUGAAGAAUCAAAGAUGGAUGUUGAUGCAGAAGAAGCAUCUUUGAGCAAAUCCCCACAAAAAGAUAACAAGGUCGAUAAGUAUGCACACUAUGGAUUCUCCUUGCCCCCAGAGCCCAAAGGAAAACCCACAGUUGAGUUAGUUGAGAAGAUCAGACAUCUCUAUGACAAAAUGGAAACCAGCAACAUGGACAUGAAUCGUAUAAUUCAGGAACGUAAGGACUUUCGAAAUCCAAGCAUUUAUGAGAAACUUAUUUCGUUUUGUGACAUCAAUGAGUUCGGAACGAACUAUCCACCUGAGAUGUAUGACCCAUUGCAAUGGGGUCAUGAGAGUUUCUAUGAGGAAUUGGCCAAAGCACAAAAGAUUGAAAUGACUAAGCGACAGAAGGAGAAGAAGGACAGCGAUAAGAUUGAACAGGCCACAGCCGCAGCAAGAAAAGUCGAAGAAGAAGCUAAAAAGAGAAAAUCGAAAUGGGAUCAACCAGCUCCGGUGAAGACAGCUCCACCAGCUCUCACAACGACAGUAACAGGAACAAAAGGAACAGUCAUAUCUGCUUUUGGGUCACUCCCAAAGAAAGCUAACGUGUAGAUUUUAAGUUAUAAAUAAAGAUAAUUUUAAAUACUAA